CCUGAGUGAGCUCCAUCUCUCUGCUCCUCUGCUGCUGUGGGACGGAAACCGAAGCUCGCAGCUGAUCCACGUCUCUCACGUCUCCUUACUUCUUUUGUUUCUGACUUUUCUGCGUCGCCAGCAAACUUCUGUCGGACUUAAGUGGUUUCCAGAGCGGCCGUCCCGAGGAGCAACGAGUCCACGAACGUCUGACCGAGAAGAAGAAGCUCCUCACGGACAGGAUUUGGAGGGUGGGGGCUGGUCUGGGUCACACGGACACUCAGGGCGAGGCCGACAGGUAGAAAGGUAGAGAUCAACUUUAAAAAUUGCCUACCAACUUCCUCCUCUCCUCCCCUGGACCACGAUGGGUUCAGACCUACGUGACCUGAACUCCCUGCUGCCCCCUCUCCCGGCGGGCCCCAGCCCCGGGUGCCCGGCCCUGCCCGUCAGCACGGCCCCUCAGUGGGCUCCCGUCCUGGACUUCCACCCCGCCGCCUCCCCUUACUCCUCCCUGGCCGCCCCCCACACCCCCCUGGGGUCCCACUCCUUCAUUAAGCAGGAGCCCACCUGGGGAACCACAGUGGACCCCCACCACCACGAAGCGGACCCCCACUGCGGCCUCAGCGCCUUCACCGUCCACUUCUCGGGCCAGUUCACGGGCACCGGGGCCUGCAGGUACGGGUCGGCGUUCGGGGCGCCCCCUCCCCCGCCGACCUCCAGCCAACCGCCGCCGGUGACAGCACCGCACCACCACCAGCCCCCCGGCAGGAUGUUCAGCAACCCGCCAUACCUGACCAACUGCAUGGACACCCAGCAGGCGGCCCGCAACCAGACAGGUUACGGCGCAGUCGCGUUCGAUGGAGCCGGGAAUUACGGCCACACUCCAACGCACCACAGCUCCCAGUUCUCCAACCACACCUUCAAGCACGAGGACGCUUUAACCCAGCAGAACACGAUGGGUGAGCAGCAGUAUCCUGUACCUCCUCCUGUUUAUGGAUGCCACACACCGUCAGACAGCUGUACAGGCAGCCAGGCUCUGCUGCUGAGGAACCCUUACAACAGCCACGCAACAGGAUACGACAGUGACCCCAACAGCCCCAUGGUGUACAGCUGCAGCACGCAGUACCGCAUACACACACACGGAGUCUUCAGGGGAAUUCAGGACGUGAGGCGGGUGCCCAGCAUCGCUCCGGCCAUCGUGCGGUCCGAGGCCAGCGAGAAGCGCCCGUUCAUGUGCGCCUACCCGGGAUGCAACAAGCGCUACUUCAAGCUGUCUCACUUGCAGAUGCACAGUCGUAAACACACAGGGGAGAAACCGUACCAGUGUGAGUUCACAGACUGCGGCCGGAGGUUUUCCCGCUCCGACCAGCUGAAACGACACCAGAGGCGACACACAGGAGUUAAACCCUUCCAAUGCGAGACGUGUCAGAGAAAGUUCUCUCGGUCUGACCACCUUAAGACACACACCCGGACUCAUACAGGUAAAACAAGUGAGAAGCCGUUUAACUGCCGGUGGCCAAACUGUCAGAAGAAGUUCGCCCGGAGCGACGAGCUGGUGCGACACCACAACAUGCACCAGAGGAACCUCACCAAGCUGCAGCUCGCCAUCUGAACCCGAGUCCGGCCCACGUCCCCCCAGUUCUACACGUAAACAUCUGGGUCACAUCUGCUUUUGUUUUCUGCCGACCCCCGUGCACCUG